GAGCACAGCAGCCGGCUGGCAGGGUCAUCGGCAUCUGCUGCUGGGGCAGGCCGUGCGAAGUUCACCGACGCCCUCACGUAGUCAGAGGUGUUAGCGUGCCGCCGCAAUGAAGCUUACGGUGACGACGCUUUCGGGCGAGCUGUACAUGCUCGACGUGGGCGCCGAGAUGGAACUGGAGGGGCUGAAGGCGCUCUGCGAGUUCGAGUCCGGCGUUCCCGCCCGGGAGAUGGUGCUCAUGCACGAAGGCCGCCCUCUGCUCGACGAAAAGCGCUCGCUCAAGUCGCACGCCAUCAAGGAGGGAGACGUGCUGCUCAUUCAGCACCUCGUGCCCCCGACCAACGCGUCCACCAGCUCCGGUGCCGGGCCGCCGCUGACGACGCUAGAUUUCAGUCGUAUCCCUGUCCCGGCCGGCGGCCAAAGCUCAGGGACUGAUAUGAGCCUGGGCCCACGUGGGGCCGAGGAAGAAGAGCCGGCCUUCAUCCGAGAUAUGAUUCUCAAAAGCCCAGACCAGCUUGCCCUUCUGAAGCACAACAACCCACAGCUGGCCGAUGCACUGCUGUCAGGCGACCUGGACCUGUUUACACGAGUGCUUCGGGAGCAGCAGAAAGAGAAAUCUGACCGGGACAGGCAGCGUAUUCGUAUGAUGAAUGCCGACCCCUUUGACCCCGAGACACAGCGGCUCAUUGCAGAAGAAAUCAGGCAACAGAACAUAGAUUCCAACAUGGAGGCUGCCAUGGAGUAUCACCCCGAGAGCUUUGGCCAAGUGGUAAUGCUGUACAUCAACUGCCGAGUCAACGGUCACCCUGUCAAGGCCUUCAUUGACUCAGGUGCACAAACGACCAUCAUGAGCCAGGCAUGUGCCGAGCGGUGUGCCAUCAUGCGACUGGUGGACCCCAGGUGGGCAGGUGUGGCCAAAGGAGUGGGCACUCAGCGCAUCAUUGGUCGCAUUCACCUUGUGCAGAUUGAGAUUGAAGGUGUGUUCCUGACAUCGUCCUUCUCGGUGUUGGAGGAGCAGCCCAUGGACAUGCUCCUCGGCCUUGACAUGCUCAAGAGGCACCAGUGCCUGAUUGACCUGAAGCGCAAUGUGCUGGUGAUGGGCACGACGGGCACCGAGACGCCCUUUCUGGGAGAAGGGGAGCUUCCCGAGUGUGCACGGCUGCAGAUGCUGGGAGCCUCGCAGAGCGGCUCUACCCUGGGCAGCGAGGCGUCCUCGAGGGCCGGUGAGGAGUUUCCGGCUGACACAAUAGACCGGCUGGUUGCCAUGGGCUUUGAGAGGGCCAAAGUGGUUGCUGCCCUGAGGCAGGCCAGUGGGAAUAGUGACCAGGCCUUGGCAGCACUGCUGGCACAAAGCCUUCAGGGACCAUAGACCUCGUGUGGACACUCGGUCUCCGGCAGUCAGAGGCUUGCCGUGAUGAUUGUCGUUACAGGAGUGGGAUGUGACCUCUUCAAGCCUUUCCCAAUGUGUGUGAGAGACUAAAUGUGCAAGGUUUGGGUGAUUUCUCAAGUGCCACCUUGGUAUAAUUGUUGCCAGUGGUCUUUGACCUAUAGCCAUCUUCACAAUGGCUGUUAUGUCAGUCAUUCGGGCAAGUGGUGGCGCAUACUCCUCAGACGCUCCAAGUCACUUGCUCCUGUGAUGGCCUCCCUUUUUAGGUUGAGACACAGCAGUGUUUGUAUGGGUGUGGCCAAAAAUGUGUUGGCAUUGCCUGGCUAGCCACCAACAUUCCACGGCUUUGUUGUAGUGCAGUGGGUGCUUUGGUAGCAGCUUAUUUCGAGGCCAAGCCUGCUCAAGAUCCCUUUAUUUUGCACCAUUACAGAUGUGGGUGCCUGCCUAUUUUUUUACCUUGACUGACAUGCAGUGACUGCUGAAUAUAUAUAAUGCAUUAAAAUAAGUUGCUGCAGGCAAGGAGAGCCAUUUUCUAAAACUCAAUAAAAGUUUUUUUGUGGUCUGCA